AUGGCUAUCAACGGCGCACCACGGCAGAUAAAGACCCUCGGCUAUAUCGGCUUGGGCAACGCUGGCUUCUCUAUGAGCAGUAACCUCCCACAGAAUGGGUACCACCUCAUUGUUCAUGAUUUGGACCAGGACAAAGUAAAGAAGGCGACGGCAUGGAAGAACACGACCGCAGCAACCACAGCAUCCGGCAAGGCCGACCCGGCCGCGUUCAAGGACUGCGACGCCAUCAUCACCAUGUUAGCGCACGGUGGCAUCGUGAAGGAUGUACUUCUUGGGGUUGACGGCAUCGUCACUGCUCUAAAACCCGGAACCAUCAUCGUUGACACAUCCUCCUCGUCCCCAUUCGACACAAAAGCGCUUGGGAAAGAGCUAGCCGAACACCAACUCCAUCUCAUCGACAGCCCAAUCACGCAGACUUACAUGCAUGCUACCGAUGACGGACGUUCAACCCUGAUGGUCGGGUCCGACUCUCCAGAGCACUACGAGCUGAUCAAGCCCGUCUUGCAGUGCAUGGCGACCUAUAUCUUCCACAUGGGGCCAUUGGGAUCCGGACAUGCCAUGAAGACCCUCAAUAACUACAUCAUGGCGUCGUCCAUCUGCGCGUUAUCAGAUUCUUUGGUCACGGGCCAGAAAUACGGCCUGGAUCCACAGACGAUGGUUGAUUGCCUGAACGUCGGCACUGGCGUCAACUUUCCAACAAUGGACACUUUCCGAAGGGACGCGCUAACGCGGAAUUUCAACUCUGGCUUCGGCUUGGCGUUGCUCGUCAAAGACCUCGGGAUCACAGAGGACUUUAUGAAGCAUAGCAAUUUCGAGACGGAACUGCCUGGCAUCCUUCGAGGCUACCUGAGUCACUCGAUGGACGUGAUUGGCCCGGAGAGGAACAAGACUGCCGAUCACACAGAAUGCAUUCGAGGCUGGGAAGACCGUAGCGGACAGAUGCUCAAAAGGACAGAAGAGCUCAAGAAUAUUCCAAGGGAGGAUUUUGAGCAUCGCCUGAAGGGACUAAAUCGCUCGUAG